GCUCACUACCCCAAGAAAAAACCAUGGUCCCUGUUCUCUUCAUCCUGAUCUCGAACCUACUUGCAGUUUCUUCCACUACCACCACAUCCAUCCAAUCCUUUAUUCAAUGCUUCACCAAUCAAAACAAUAACUCAAAUCCCCUCUCCUUCCCCAACACCACUUCCUACCACUCCAUCCUCCUCUCCUCCGUCCAGAACCAACGCUUCCUCAUCUCGCCAUCCUCCUAUAAACCAUCUCUCAUCGUCUCAGCCACCACCGCAUCCCAAGUCCAAGCUGCCAUCACCUGUGCACGCGCCGCCAGCCUCCGUCUCCGCACCCGCAGCGGUGGCCACGACUAUGAAGGCAUGUCUUACUCCGCCUUCAAAGGCCCUGACUCCACUCCCUUCAUAUCCCUCGACCUCUCCGGUCUCCGCUCCAUAUCCAUCGACGCAAGCUCAAAGACCGGUUGGGUUCAAGCCGGCGCUACGUUGGGCGAACUAUACUACGCCAUAGCCAAAAAGAGCAAAACUUUAGCCUUUCCAGCUGGCCUCUGCUCAACUGUUGGCGUAGGCGGUCAUUUGAGCGCAGGCGGGAUCGGUACAUUAACACGGAAGUAUGGCGCCUCCGUAGACAACAUCAUAGACGCACAGCUCGUCGAUGUAAAUGGCCGCUUGUUCAAUCGGAAGGCUAUGGGAGAGGAUCUCUUCUGGGCGAUCCGUGGCGCUGGUUCCGCAGGAUACGGCGUGAUAAUCGCUUUCAAAAUCAAGCUCGUAGUCGUCCCGCCAGUCGUGACGGCUUUCAACGUAGGAAGGACGUUGAGACAGAACGCCACAAAAGUGGUGGCGAGAUGGCAGGAGCUGGCUCACCAGUUCGAUGUGAAUCUCUACAUCCGCGUGAUAGCUCAAGCCAGCACCGACAUGGAUGGGAGUAAAACGAUACAAGUUACUUUUAACUCACUUUACCUCGGCCGACAGGAGGAGUUAAUCCCCUUAGCGAAGCGGAGUUUUCCAGAGCUUGGUUUGAAGACCACCGACUGCACUGAAAUGAGUUGGAUUGAGUCAGUUCAAUUCUUAUACAGCGGCAGUGGGAAGACAUUGGAGAUGAUGUUGGACAGAAAGCCGGAGUUUAAUAGCUCUUUUAAGGGAACAUCAGACUUUGUUCAGCACCCCAUAGCAGAAGGUAGGAUAGAGGAGAUUUGGAAGUUUAUGAUAGAAGCUAAUGAUGAGCCGUUGGUGCUUAUACUUGACCCUAUGGGGGGGAGAAUAAGUGAGAUCAAGGAGGAUGCUACAGCUUUUCCUCACAGAAAGGGAAAUAUUUAUAAUUUGCAGUAUUUUAUGAGAUGGUUUGAGACAGAGGAAGGCUUGACUGAGAAGCAUUUGAUAUGGAUGAGGAAGUUUUAUGAGUUCAUGACACCUUAUGUGUCGAGUAAGCCGAGGGCAGCUUAUUAUAAUUAUAAGGAUAUUGAUCUGGGAAGGAAUGUGGAGGGGAGGGUGACGAGUUAUUGGGAGGCUAGAGUUUGGGGGACAAAGUAUUUUAAGGGAAAUUUUUGGAGGUUAGCGAAGGUGAAGGCUAAGGUGGAUCCAGAGAAUUUUUUCUGGAACGAACAGAGUAUUCCAGUGUUGCAAAGUCUUGGUGUCCUCAGGGAAUUCUUUUGAUCUGCGCUUGAUGAAAAGUUGUAAAAUGAAAUAAAUGAUAAAGGGGACAAGCACUAUCAAGGAUAUGUUGAUUUCAUGUGUAAAAUGAGUUCCCACAAAUCGAGCGAAAAGGAAGAACACUAGACUGCAUUUAUCAUUUCUUGGGACAAGCUCUGCUCGCUCCCACAAGAAUCCUGGCGUCUCCCUCAAAAAAUUUGCAGGCGGACAGGCUUGUAGCUCCUCUCUAAUGGUGUCCAAGCUCGAAAGACUCCUUUCCAACGUGAAUUUGAAAGAUCUCCCAUCUGCCUCUGCCUUACCUCCAAGCCAAAGGAGCUUGCCCUGAGCUCUGGUUUGCCUCCAACUCUGCUCUACCUCGACUGUGACACUAUCAAGAUUCAUCAAUAAACAUGAGAAAGAUCAUCUCAGCUCUUGUUGAUAUCCUUGUUCCUCUGCUUUAGAUCAUCACGACUCCUGCUCUCUCCUUGCUCCGCCUCUCGUAUGAAAAGAUGAAUAGGGUUAUUACUAUCUAAAGCUUUCAUAUUUAAUUACUUACCUAUGUAAUGUCAUUUGUAGCCUUGUGGCUAUUUAAAAGUAUGCCACUCCGUUGUUUAUGAAUGUACCUGUAAUCAACAGAACAAUAUAGAAAAGAUUAAUAGAUUGUUUCUCCUCUUUCUUCUUCAUCUUUAUAGACACCAUCUAGGGCAUCAGCUUCAUCUCGGAUGAGUUUUUUCUCUACCAAGGCUUCAUCCGCAAAGAGGUAGUCACAUGUGCUAGAGUUUUGCCAAGGAUUGUUUGUGUGGCCAUAGGAAUUUUUUCCAGCAUCAUAUUUUUCUUGUUUUAUAUUUUAAUUUUAGUCGUUCAUGGAUUUCUUGCUAUGAUAAACAAUUUUU